AUGGAGCUUGGAAUCGUGAAGGAGAGAUUUAGCUCUCUCGCAAAAGGGGAAAAUGUGGGAAGGUCGAGCAUUAUGAAGUCUCCGAAGACUCACCGGAAAUGUCAUAGAGGACAAGGGGUGCUUCGGAAUAGACAAAGCUCGAAGGCUGAGGGUGUCCCGCAAGGAAGCGUCCUCAGUGUCACACUAUUCAUCCUUCAUCUUAGUCAGAUUUUAAAUAUCUUGCCACCAUCUGUUCAUGGAAGUUUAUAUGUUGAUGACCUUCAAAUUUCCUGUCAAGGUAAGAACAUGUCGUUAGUUGAGCGACAGCUGAAAAAUGCAGUUAACAAGUUGGUAACGUGGUGCGAUAAUAAUGGACACACUAUAUCUGCCGAUAAAAGUCGGUGCAUCCAUUUCUGCAGGAAAAGAAAUAUUCACCUUGAUCCGAACAUUCAUAUCCGAAAUGUUCCUAUUCCUGUUUCUAAAGAAUUACGUCUUUUGGGAGUGAUUUUCGAUCACAAGCUCACCUUCCUCCCACAUGUUUUACACUUGAAGAAGAAAUGUGAACAAUCUCUGAACAUUUUAAAAGUGCUCUCCAAGACAUCGUGGGGAGCCGAUCGAACCUCCCUUCAUCGUAUUUAUGAGAUAGUCAUUCUUUAUCGUCUAGAUUAUGGAUGCAUGGUGUAUGGAUCUGCUCGCCCUAGUGUUUUAUACAGGCUGGAUAACAUCCAUCACAGCGCUGUACGAAUCUCUUCAGGUGCCUUUAGAACUUCACCAGUAGAAAGUCUGUAUAAUAUUUGUCACCAGCGACCUCUUGAUUUAAGACGGAAAAAAAUAUCUAUAUUAUAUUUUGUCCGAGUGCAGACUGUGCCGAAUCAUCCUUUGUGUAAAAUUGAUCUUCCGGCUAGUCUUCGAAGAAUUUAUGAAUCUCGACCCUAUCAUAUUCUUCCAUUUUGUGAGAGAGCCAAAAUGCUUUUGCAUGACUUGGACCUUAACAAUGUUAAUAUCAAAUCUGUUGAUUACUUUUGCAUUCCUGCUUGGGAUGUUCCACAAUUUUCAUUCUUGAAUCCAUUUUAUAAAUUUGAUAAAUCUGUGACUUCACCUGUGGUUUUCCAACAAUUAUUUUCUAGCCAUCGCUGUUUGUAUUCUUCCCACCUACCAUUUUUUACAGAUGGCUCAAAAUCGGAGGAAUAUGUUGGUUGUGGUAUUGUCACUCCGUCUCAUACUUUGAGCUAUCGGCUUCAUAAAUAUAACUCUGUGUAUACCGCUGAGUUAGUGGCCAUUUCCUGUGCUCUUCAGGAAAUAUCACCUGCUACUCAGCAUAAUGUAAUUAUUUAUACAUACAGCAUGAGCGCUUUAGAAACUCUGUCACACUACAACAAUCGAAUGCACCCCGAGGCUUUCAAAAUUUUAUACUGUUUACAAAAACUUCAGAAAAAGGGUUGUAAUAUUACCUUUUGUUGGGUGCCGAGUCAUGUAGGCAUUUCUGGCAACGAAGCGGCAGACUCUGCUGCGAAAUCUGCUUCUUCUUUUUUGACACAAGAACUUCCCUACUGUGAUAUCAAGAAAAUUCUUGUUAGCUGUCUUGAUACCACGUGGCAGGAAAAAUGGGGUAAACAAAUUCAUAAUAAAGUGCAUACCCUUAAACCUUCCAUUGAUGUCUGGCCUGUUAUUCCUGUACGACAGUUCGAUGUGAAACUGACUCGUCUCCGUAUAGGACAUACUCGCUUUACUCACCGUCAUCUUCUUUUUGGCGAAAGACCACCAGUCUGUCCUCGAUGUCAUGUUGAUUUUAGCAUUGCACAUAUUUUGGUGCAAUUGACUGUCGCGGCAAGCUUCAUUCCACCUCGGUCUAGGGAAUUUCCUCGAACGUGGGGAGUUUUUGGGGAUGGUAUUGUUCGCAGCAUCAAUUAA